AUGAGAAUCGGACGAGGAUGUGAACGUUGUCGGGUUCGUCAUAUUCGAUGCACCACUCGCGCGGGCGCCUCGGCUUGUAAUGCCUGUACUCGUCUGGGACGUGUCUGUCGCUUGGAUCCGCCGUUUCGUUUCAAAGCCGUCCGACAUGUAUACCAGAAGAGUAAUGGCAUAGCCUCUAAGUUUGAGUUAGCCUGGGAUUCGCGCCAGACAUGGGUUAAUCUUCCCCAGUCAUUAAAGUUUGUGCAGGAAUCGUCUGAUGACUCGGACGAGGGCAACACCACCGAUGCUCAACCUGAUGUCCAAGAGAGCCAUGAUGAUAAUCAGGCUGCUUCUGAUGAGGCUCAGAGAGAUAUCUCCGAUCAAAUAUCCAUUUUUAAUCAUUUGCCCUUUCCUGAAGUCCUCUAUUCCCAAGAUGACAAUAUCCGCCCUUCACAUGUGGCCUCGAGUCCCCCUGUAGGGUCCCCUGUCUUCGAGGACCCCCCGAUCGUUGCAUCCUCUUCAGGCUUAUCUCCCUCUCUUUUGAAUAUUGUCUCGCCCCUGGCGUCUGCGAGUACAUGGACAAGCUCGGCGUCACCGCUGAGCUCGGUGAGUCCCCGUCCGAGCAGCUCACCGCCGUUGAGUUCCCGUGAAGCCCAUCUACUACGACUGUUCAUUCAGAAGAUCGCACCAUGGGCCGACAUAUGCGAUCUUCGCUCCCAUUUCAGCACCGAAGUCCCUCGUCGAGCCCUGCAAGUCCCGAUGGUGCUGAAGGCCGUGCUUUGCCUUGCAGCUCGACACGAUGCGAUCAUGUCCAAUUCUAGCGACUGGGAGGCCUCCGAAUAUCACGGACAGUGUCUGGAGCUGCUCAUUGCUGCUCUAGCCCUGCCGGAAGAAACAUAUGACGAUAACCUCCUUAUCACUGUGGUGACCCUCCGGAUAUAUGAAGAGCUCGAGCGUGCAACCGAUGAAAAAUGUCACUGGGUGGGUUCAAACAGACUACUCAACACGAUGUCUAAGUCUGCCUCUUCUGGCGGUCUCGCCGAAGCAGUGAGCUGGCAAUUCCUCCGCCAGGCCAUCUAUGCUUCAUUGGUACAACAUCAGCCGAUGCAGCUAGACCUAGCCAACUACGAGCUCUCAUCCGUAUUUCGGCGCCGCGACGAUGCUUCGUAUGCCAAUAUUAUUAUAUUCUUGUGUGCGAAGAUUAUCCAAUCCUGUUGGGGAUCGCAUUGCAGCUUUGUCGAUGAGGGCGAGUGGCAGCAUCUGUCCGAAAGCGUGGAACAGUGGCAUCGUGCGCGGCCUAUCAGCUGGCAGCCGUUACAGUACAAAGAUUCAGAUCUCGCAGAGAAUCGACCGUUCCCUGAGUUGUGGAUGAUGUCUCCGCCAGCGGUCGUCGGUUUACAAUACUACCAUGCAUCGUGUAUCCUUCUUACUUCGUCCCAUCGACAUUGGAAUGUAUCGAGCGACUAUGAGCUGGCGCGGUUGAGACGAACCGAAGAGAGAACCAUAGCAUCCCAUCUCGUGCGGACGAUAGGACUUUCCAUGUCGAAUGAGACUGUAGAGAACGCAUACUUUAUGGCGUGCCACUUAUUACAUCGAUAUGGCUACUGCCUCCGCCACCCCUCCGAGAAACAAGGGUCCUUGAAAUUUCUCCGCCGGGUGGAAAAGGCGGUUGGGUGGCGCACCGACUGGAUGAUCCGGGAGCUUGAGGUUCAGUGGGGAGAGUUGGCCGAGAUGGAUCGAUGGGAUUGA